AACACUUUGGGAAAACAGGAGCGCUACAUCACGGCGCUUACGUCCUAUCCUUGUUUUAUUGCUUUGUUCCUUCUUGCUUGCUCUAAUAGACGCUGAUAGCCUGGCAUUUAUCAUCACAGCAGGACGCAAUGCCUUCAUAUGACCAUCCCAGUGCGGCAGGUAUAGGCUCAACAACACACACACCAGGAGCGUUUGCCAAAGGGUUAGCGGGCUCGUCUUCGCUCAGGAACUACAGGGUAACCGAACAGAUUGUGAAUUUGGAUGUGGAUUUGGAAAAUAGAAGCAUUGUUGGAUCAACGACGAUCAUUGUAACUCCCACAGAGCCGGUGUUGAAGUUUGUCAAAUUGGACUGCCGUCAAUUGACCAUUGAGUCUGUGUUGGUCAACGGGAAAAGAGCCCAGUACUUGUAUGAGGACCCCUUGAGAGAGGAAUAUGAUGCUCUACUAGGGGAGAGGAAGUCGGUGUUCAACGAUGUUCAUCAAUACCAUUUCUAUAAGGGUCAACAUGAAAAGAUGUUCAGAGGUGAACAUACAGAGGAGUUGACGAUAAUAAUGCCUGAUAACUUGAAGUUAUAUCCACAAGACCCGUCCACGAUAUCGGGAAUGACUCCACAUGGAGGCCAAACGCACACUCCUGGCAGUCAUAAGGCUACAAAUCUUGAAAUGUUUUAUACGAAUGUGAAGAUCAGAAUCGAAUAUUCUUUGAAGAACCCAACCACAGGUCUGCACUUUGUCGGUGGAAAAGGAUCCUCCUUGUCUAAAAACGAAUGGUACGCUUACACUUCAAACACAUCUUAUGGUGUUUCGACGUCUUCCUGGGUACCAUGUGUUGAUAGCCUUGUGGAUAAGUGUUCAUGGACACUUGACAUUGGGGUACCGAAAACAGUUAAGCAAAUUGGUGUUUCGAAGCUCAUUGGUGCUCUCGAUUCUAACACUUUAAACGCCACUGAAGAUGAUGAGGAUGAGGAUGAAAGCACUGAGAUUUCGGUUGUGUUUGGAGAUUUUGCAGGGCAAAAGGAAAAUGCGCAUCCUGUGGACUUGGCUAAGAAAUCUGUCUCUAUCGAUUUGUACAAUGCCACUUCUGCUCACCAUAUCGGCUUUGUGGUGGGUCCCUUUGUCCAAGUUCCACUAAUAAACUUCCAAGAUGAUGAUGCAGCAAGGGAAAAGGACACAUCAUCUGUUCCUAUUGCUGUAUACUGCUUCCCCCAUCAGACCUCUGACGCAUUAAACACAACAAUCUUCAUGCAUAAGGCCUUGGACUUUUUCUCAAAGGAGUUUGGUUCUUAUCCAAAUGCAAGUUGUGCUCUUGUAUUUAUCAACGAUCUUGACAUUGACUACAAUGGCUUCUGUGGGUUCACACUGUUGAAUGAUAGACUAUUGUACUCGAUCAAUGAAAUUGACCCUCUCUUUGACAGUACAUACAAGUUGUUGGUCUCUUUAGCAGAACAAUGGUCCGGAAUAUACGUCGUGCCAAGCACUUACAAUGAUAUUUGGAUCACUGUUGGAAUUGCUCAUUACAUGGCUCUUCAGUUUAUUAAGGAUCUUAUGGGUUUGAACGAGUAUAAAUACAGGAUCAAGAGACAAGCUGAACGUAUCUGUGAAGAGGACGUUGGGAAAGAUCCUCUCUCAAAGCCAAAUUUCGCAUUCCCAGUUGCCCAUAAGGAUCUCGACUUUAUCAAACUCAAAGCUCCAAUUGUUCUCUUCAUUUUGGAUAAGAGAAUGACUAAACAAUCAUUUGGUCUUUCAAGGGUAUUUCCAAAAAUUUUCCUGCAAUGCAUGUCUGGAGACUUACCUAACGGUAGUUUGAGUACUCAUCACUUCCAGCACGUGUGUGAAAAGGUGAACCACAACAGACUAGAGACGUUUUUUAGACAGUGGGUUCAUGGCUCCGGUGUACCUGUCUUCAUGGUUAGUCAAAGGUUUAACAAGAAAAGAAUGUUCAUUGAAAUGGGUAUCAGACAAGUCCAGGGCCAGGAUCCGCUUGAAAAGCAACCAACAAAAGAUAACUUUAUCCCAAAUGCUGUUCACAAGAUUAACGUUGAAUCUGAAUCAGGUACAAAAAUCAAGAGUCAUCAGUUGUUCACGGGCCCAAUGACUAUUCGUAUUCAUGAAGCCGAUGGAACGCCAUACGAACACAUCGUUGAUCUGAAAGAAGGCUUCACCAAGCUUGACAUUCAAUACAAUACAAAAUAUAAAAGGCUGAAAAGAAGUCAGAAGCAAAUCAAAUCGGAAAAAGAGGCUAAGGAAGCCGCUGAAGAAGACGACCAAAUCCUUCUUCACUGUUUAGGGGAUAUUUUACAAACGCCAAAUGACAUCAGUGACUGGAAGUUAACCGACUGGAGUAAAGAGGAAGAAAUGAAGAUGACGAAUGAAGCAUUUGAGUGGAUCAGAAUUGACGCUGACUUUGAAUGGAUCUGUAAGAUUCACUUGACCCAGCCUGAUUAUAUGUACGCAUCACAAUUACAACAGGAUAGAGAUGUGGAGGCACAAUUGGAAUCGAUCCACUAUUUUGAAAACUCUCAGCCAUCGGCUCUUUAUUCUUCUAUCUUGUUGAGGACGUUGAUGGAUGACAGAUACUACUAUGGAAUCAGAGUUUCAGCAGCCUUGGCGAUGGCAAAGCUAGCCAAGAAGGAGACCAAUUGGAUCUCCAAAGAACACCUUCUUCUUGCUUUCAAAAGGUUGUUCUGUUUCCAAAACUCCGAGAUGCCUAUGCCGAAUGAUUUCUCUGACUUCCCUACGUAUUUCAUAAAUAAUGCUAUACCGCUGGCAUUAUCCCUUAUUAGGGAUGAGAAUCAAAGGUGUCCUUUGGAUGUGAAACGUUUUUUGUUGUCGAUCUUGAAGUACAAUCAAAAUCUUGGAAAUAACUACAGCGAUACACAUUACGUGGGUCAUUUACUUGAGUGUCUCACAUCUGCUAUCAUCGCAAAUACGCCGUCCUUGAACGAAUUAAACGAUGAUGAAAAGCGUUUCCUCGACCACGCAAUGGGAGAGAUUUCAAGACAGCAAAAAAUGGAUGAAUGGACAGAAAAGAGCUCGGUGAGUGUUGUUGCGCUUACACAGAAGUUGCGCCUUCGUGCCAGUGGUCUUUUGGAGAUCACGCCGGAAUAUAUGAUUGAACGUACCUGUAACACGAACUCGCCUGAUAUCAGAAUAGCUGCUUUUGAAGGUCUAUUCCAAAUGGGUGCACUGAAGAACUCCGGUAUUAUGAAGUACUUCUUCAUGACAUUGUUAUUUGAGAGAAGUGGUUAUUUGAAAAAUGGGCUUGCGCUUGCGCUCUCCAGAGGAUUGGCCGCUUCUGUUAUAGAAGGUUGUUCAGCAGAACUCGAUGAAGAUGAACUCAGCCGUCCUAUUGACGUUACUGAAGACAGUUCUUCCAAUAAUGGAAUAAUCAUCGAGGAAGGAAACAGCCAUGCUUUUGAGUCUAGAAGAGAUGCAGCAUCUCGAACGAGUUUGAAGGGUGCCAUUGACCUACUCAGACGACAAUAUAGCGAAUACAUUCCCCUUCAAAGAGAGAUGUGGAACGCAGUCAGAAACCCGCUAUUGAGCAUAGGGCUGAAAAGAGAUUUAUUCGAUAUCAUAGCUGUGGUGAUCCCUUCAUUGGAUACUCUAGCUGUGACACUUCCUAUGCCUAGAGAGAAAAGACUUGUCGCUGAGAACCAAGGCCGUGGUGUUGUUCUUUUCAAGAGAGAAGGUUAUUUCAAGAUCUCACUCCCUAUCAUUGCGAAGCCGUCAACUGCAAAGCCCCCUACUCAAAAGGCACCUGUGAUCCAACGCAGAAAGUCAAUUUCGAAGCCAAUUCUGAAGAACAAGUCAACCACUGUGAGGGCCAAGAUUAGACGCCACGGUCCAGCUAAGCUGAGAUAUGUGAAGAUCAUCUAUCGUAAGGGGCAGUCACAUAUUCUUGUAUCCUCUUCUCCAAUCAAAUCGAAGAAAGUAUCGCUGAAAAUACAGAGUGAUAAAUUGAAGGCUAUUUCAGAAGGCUCUCUACGUCUUGAUCUAACAGUUCCACCAAAAUCCAAGUCGCAACCUGUGGAAACAUCAACUAUUCCAUCAAUUAAUCCAGUUAUCACAUCUCCGGCAAAGUUAAAACCAAAACUCAAACUCAAAUUCAAAUUUUAAUGUGAUUGUACUAUCUAAUGACGA